GGGCGCUCGUGCAACAUAAGAAAUGACACACAUCCGAGUCUAGGAGAAGAAGAGAAGUGAGCGAGGGAAGGGAACAUAAACAUGAGAGUUAGAACGCAGCCCUAAAUCUACGGUGUUUUUCAGACUGAGAAGUAGAAGCAAGCAGGAGGAAUUACUACAGGAGAAUCUACUGACAUACUAUCGUAAAGAUGGAGAUUAAAGAAGAACCCUGCGGAAUAAAAGAAGAAGAUACCGAGGAACAAAUAGACCUGAUGGAAGUGAAUGAAGACAAACAGCAAAAACCUCAUCAUUUAAAAAAUGAAGAUGAAAGUGAAGUCAUUUCUCAGACUGAAAAGAAUUUUACACACAAACGAGCUGGAAAAACUGGAUCUUUCACCUGCUCUGAGUGUGGUAUGUGUUUAACACAUAAAACAAACCUUAAGAGACACAUGAGAAUUCACACUCGACAAAAACUGUUCACAUGUUCUAAGUGUGGGAAGAGUUUCAUUCAGAAAGGAAGCUUAAAUGAUCACAUGAGAUCUCACACUGGAGAAAAACCGUUCACAUGCACUCAGUGUGGAAAAAGUUUCACUCAGAAAGGAAGCUUAAAUGUGCACAUGAGGAUUCACACUGGAGAAAAACCGUUCACAUGCACUCAGUGUGGAAAGAGUUUCAAAUGCAACAGCCAUCUCAAAGAUCAUCUUCUCUUUCACUCUGGAGUGAGAUUAUUCAGCUGUGAUCAGUGUGAUAAAACAUUUGUUGCACAAUCAUACUUGAGAAAACACCUUAUAGUUCAUACUGAUGUGAAGCCUCACUUUUGUUCUUUUUGUGGAAAAAGCUUUUCACUAUUGAGGUAUUUAAAAGAUCAUGAAAGUAUUCAUACUGGUGUGAGACCUUAUGUGUGCUCUGACUGUGGGAAGACCUAUUUUUCAUCCAGCCACUUAAAAACACACCAGAGAAUUCAUACCGGAGAGAAACCUUACAAGUGCUCACACUGUGGAAAGAGUUUUGCUCGGCCAGGACACCUGAAAGAUCAUAAGAGAGUUCAUACUGGAGAGAAACCGUACAAGUGCUCGCAGUGUGGAAAGGGUUUUGCUCGGUCAGGACACCUGAAAGAUCAUGAGAGAGUUCAUACUGGAGAGAAGCCGCACCAGUGCUCUUCAUGUGGGAAGAGUUUCACCCAAUCAUCUAGUCUACAGUCUCAUAAGAAAAAGCAUUGCCUGAAGUUGCCUGAAGGUCAUGCGUGACGUAAGCGGAAGUGCUGACUAAGUGUUUACAAAGCGAAGACUAACGCUGCGUCCAAAAUUGUGUUCUGAGUAGGUUCUACAUUUGAUUUGAACUUACUUAACGACCGUUAAAAAAGUAUAUUCUAUAUAGUAUGAAUGGGGGUAGUAUGAAUGCAAUCUGGACAUACUACAUCCGCCAUGUUAUCAUCAUCAGGACCUACCGGCGUCAGUUGCGUCGCUUCACCUCCAUUCAUAAAUCCUCUAUUGUGGCCUCAUGGGAUAGUAAAGUGUCAGUUGAAUGUGCACUUCAGAAUCUCGCCAGAAGUAGAAGGUCAUCUGUGGACCUUUCACCUACAGUUUUUUGAAUUCUAUGAAUUUGGACAUACUACUCUGUUGGCGUACUGUUUUUCACGUACCAAAUAUUAGUGAAGUAUUCGAUUUUUGACACAGUGUAAGUCAAAUGCCCUAUAUAUAUAUAUAUAUAUAUAUAUAUAUAUAUAUAUAUAUAUAUAUAUAUAUAUAUAUAUAUAUAUAUAUAUAUAUAUAUAUAUGUAUGGGUUGGCAUGAGUGGGAGUAAACAAUGAGAGAAUUUUAAUUUUUCCCUUUAAAGAUCAAGAUGUGAUGCAGAAAUAUUCCUGACAGAAUACUACAACUGUAUUGCUGUGUGCUGAGUUAAUGAUGAGUGACAGAAAUAAAACAUGCAAAAUUGACUUUUAAA